GUGUGCCAGAGAGUAUUUUGCAAGAUGCGAGAUUCGUUUCUCAUAGCGAGGGAGCUCUAGUCGUGGAUUUAAGCGGACCACCUUCGGCGAAGUGUGUAGGCCGAGGUGUCGCGCAUUACGUAAAACUACAGAAAAAAUAAAUCGCGAAGAAAGAAGGAAAACAAAGUGUGGGCGAAGAAGGGACUCGAUUGACCCUCUCUCUGUGUGUAUGUGUGCACGUCGCGAUGAGGAGAUCAUCGUUUGAUAACAACUACGAAACGCUCUAUAUCUGUUCGGCUUUAACUCUCCACGUUCGUGCGAUCAUCGCGAAAUCUCGUAUAGUUUGCGUAAAUGGAGGAUCCGUAUCGUGUUGCGAACGUUUCGAAUAUCCGCAGGCACGCUAACGCCAAGCGCAACGUUCUGAGCAACACGUCGUACGGGCUCGUCUGCACAAAGGAUGCCGAUUACAAGUGCGGCGUAAAGUACAGCGGUGCUUCUCUGUCGGAGAAGAAUUAUCUGCAACGUAGCGUAUCCGCGGACAAUGUUGUAAUUCGCUCGCGCGGUUACAAACCAUCUGACAGACACGAUCCAGUCAAAAGAAACUUCCUUGAGAAUCUCACUUCGAGAAUAUUGCACUUCGACAUGGAAGGAGGCGAGACUACUCCGAUUAAUUUACAAAAGCUACUUACACCGGCAUCGGACUCUCAUGAGCUAUUGCAAUCAAAAAAUAAGAAAAUGUUUGCGUCGUCGUACUUUUACGCACCGACGCAUCCUACGGUCGAGGAUCAAGUUGAACUCGCACGUCGGAUCUCGCAUUCGCUCAGCGACGUGAAAAACGUCAAGAGUAAAGGACAAACGAUGUAUGUGAAUAGAAAAAAGCGAUCUGUUAAGUGGAUUCACGAUGGAAACGGUCUCGAGGACGAAGAAGAAUCAGUCACAACUGUUCAUAAGGACAAACUACCCCUCAAAUGCGUGAUGAAUCCAUGCGGAAAAGUAUUGGACAUUCAGGGUAUUCAGGCAUUAGGCGAAGAAGUCAAUAUCGCGCCAGUACCAAAAAAUCCUGAAAAGCUCUUCGACAUUGUUCGCGACUUGAAUAAUCAAAGAGGACGCGGUGCCGAGAUAUUUGCGAAACGUAGGAAAAGAUCGGAAAAGUGGGUGGUGGACCAAGAACAGCCGCAGACACCCAAUACGCCUGUCACACCAAAAACGCCAACGUAUCCAGAAAAAUUGCUAAGUGAAGUUAACGGUAACGCGAAAUUCGUGACGCCGUCAUUGUUGACACCUCACACGCCAAUCUCGAGCAUUGAUAAACCAUUUUAUAAUCCCUUUACAAUGGACAUUUCCGUCGAAAGCGUGAAUACGCCAAUAACAGACAGGCAUCAAUCGCGCUGCAAUACUAAUCGAUGCGAUCACUCGAGCGAGGUAAAAAAGAUUUAUCUGCGAGAAAUUGCGGUCGGUACAGACUCCGAUUUUCCUCUGGACCAAUCUCGCUCAUCUAUCAUUGAGAAGUCCCAUCGUAACGCUUACGAAUCUGUUAACGAUCGACGUACUAAUAUCGCUAAUUAUCGCUCUGUCGCCAAUAACAAUAAUAGAUACAUUAACAAUUCUCAAUCAUUGAGGAAAUCCAAUUUUUGCAACGUGCAGAGCUAUAAUAACAAAGACACGGGAAUUCAACAACGUUUCGAUAACAAGUACGACGAUAACGUGAUCGACAAUAAGAUUGGAAAUAAGCAACAGAGCCAUAUGCAGAAUGAUAAUGAAGAAAAUGAGUAUACGCCUGUACCAGUAAAGCAAUUGAUACAAGAAUUUGAGAAGACCUGUAGACCAAUUCUGCAGUACAAGCAGAUCAGUCCGAAGAUCAUUCCAAUUGUACAACAAUGUCCAUUAGACAAUAAUAUAGCGCGUUUUUUCGAGACGAGAAAUCCUACCAAGUAUAAUAAUGGAGAGGAAGAAUAUGCACGCGCACGCGAAAAUUACGAAAGGUCUGCCCAAUUACAAUCGCGAUAUAAUGGCCGAUUAUAUGACCCGCGUGGAAAUUACGAGAGGAAGCUGCAGCCCCAAUGCAACGGUCAAUUCAGUGCACGCGAGAACUACAGAGAAGGAUCAGCGAAACUACAGUCCCGAUACAACGGCUACGUUUCCACUGAUGAAAGCGAAUACACGACAGAUGAUACCGAUUCCGAGGAAGAAAUCAACAAUUAUCCAAACGCAGUUGCCUCUAUAGAUUGCGGCCAUUCCGCACCGUCCGCCCUGUUGAAUCGCUGCUCUCGCAGCGAGUAUUCAUUCGCGUUCGAGGACGAAUAUUCGGAUACUCGACGUCAUUCGAUUGCCUCGCAGGAAUUGGAAGCCCUUUAUGCCAGCGGCACCGACGCGAGAUUCGUUAACACCGAGGCUGAGAUACCGCCCGAAGCGAAGUCGCUGAUGCUCUCGAUGGUCGCUUCGCAGGAGAGUAUAUUCGAGACAAAAAAACACCUUCGUAGCACGCCAAUCUUGGAUAAUCUCUUAGGCACCGCUACGCCAGAGUGCAAAAUCAGUGACGUUAAUUCGGAAUUAGGCAAGUUAACAUGCAUGCGCUUUUGUAAUCCUAAUGUUAUUGCCACUGCUAUUAAACAUGCAAAACGAUCUUUAACAUACAUCCUCACAUAAUGCUCGGUAGAAAAUGUAUUUUAAUUAAGACUAGUUAUAUAUAUUGCCAAAAUAUGUAAAGAAAUAUGAAACCUCCCUGUUGUUUAUUAAAGAGAUGCAAAACUAUCUCAGAAAAAUAGAAAAACACACAAAAAUAAUUUUUAAAAUAUAAUAAUCUUUUUUACGAUAAGAUAAUAAAAAUUAUUUUUGACGCCUUUUAAACGCCUUUUUUUCUUACAAUUCAAAGAGUGAGCUCGAUUGCUAGAUAUAUGGAUUUUGAUAUUUAUUCUUAACAAUAAGAACGCAAUGAUAUAAAAUAUACUUUGAUAUACAUUGAUAUAAAAUUUUCCCGUCCUUGGUAUAUCAAAAAUUGUACUCAUCAAAAUUAUAUCGAUUACUAUUAUUAUGAUUUUUUUAUGGCAUUUAUAUCCGCACAAAUUUAUAUCUGGUGUUUCUCAAUUUCCAGGAAAUAAACUGUACGAGAAUAACAAUUA